GCACAGAUCCAGCUCCUCUGUGCUCUCAGCCUGUGCAGCUCCACCCACCUGUAGAUAAAAGCCAAACCCUCACCAGUGCUGCUGUUCAGCGUCUGUCACAAACUCCUUAAAAGCUCAGUGAUACCACAGCAGCAGCAGCAGCACACACAAAGAAAAUGGUGGCUGUAUCCCUCCAUUCUUUCUAUCUUCUCAUCACAGUGUUACAGCUAUGUUUACUAUACCUUGCUCAUGGUGGGGUGUAUUAUGGACAGAAACAGCCACCCCAACAGCCCCAGCCAUUGCCACAAUAUGAUGCAUAUCCACAGCAACAGUUUCUGGAGAAUGAGAUGCCAAUACUUCCUCAGUAUGGACAAGAGUUUCCUCAACCACCAUUGCACAUGGGUAAAGAGAGACCACUGACAGAUGGCAAAGGACAAACCUUUCCCAGAGGAGCUAAAGGUCCACGCCCUCCUGUUCCAGGGGUAAAAGGUCUCCCAAAGGGACUGCAAGGAAUUCAAGGUCCCCCAGGGCCAACAGGACCACCAGGACCACAAGGCCCUCCUGGGCUUCCAGGACAGGGAUUGCCAGGUUUACCAGGAAAGCCAGGCCCUCCUGGUCCUUCUGGCUACCCAGGAGUUGGAAAACCUGGUAUGCCAGGAUUGCCAGGAAAACCUGGAGGACCUGGAUUACCAGGAUCAAAAGGUGAUCUUGGUCCUAAUGGUGAUGUAGGCGUAACUGGACCUCCUGGGCCUCCAGGACUUCCAGGUCCCUCAGGACUCCCUGGGAUUCCAAAAGCAGGAGAUCAGGGACUUCCAGGACAGCGAGGUCCUCUAGGGGAGCCUGGCCAAAAAGGUCUGCCUGGGCUUCCUGGUCCUCCAGGCCCCAAAGGAGACAAAGGACUUGGUAUACCUGGUUUUCCAGGCUUGAAAGGGCCUGGUGGGCCACCAGGUCCACCUGGACAGGUGGGCAUUGCUGGCAUUGGUAAACCUGGUAUGAAUGGUCUUCCUGGACAUCCAGGAAUACCAGGAAAGCCUGGUUCUCCUGGAGAACCAGGACUGGCAGGGGCACCUGGUGAAAGAGGCCAACCAGGCGUACCAGGUGUACCAGGAAUUGGAAAACCAGGAAAAGAUGGUUUCAGUGGGCACCCGGGGGUAUCUGGAGGGAAGGGGGAACCAGGUCUCCCUGGUUUACCAGGGAACCCAGGCUUGCCAGGUUAUGGUACACCAGGGUUUCCAGGACCUAAGGGUCAUAAGGGACAUGCUGGUCUUCCUGGAGCACCAGGUCCAAAAGGUGAUAAAGGUCACCCAGGUCUCACAGGUGUCAUUGGUCCCACUGGUUCAAGUGGAAUACCUGGCCCACCAGGUCCAAUAGGCCUUCCUGGUAGUCUUGGCUUCCCAGGAUUAAAAGGAGAUGAUGGUGUCAUAGGACCAAGAGGAAAUCCAGGAGUAAAGGGUCAGACAGGUCCUCCAGGGAUUCCCGGACAACCUGGUAGAUCAGGAGAGGGUGGGCAACCAGGACCAAGAGGCUUACAAGGGUCCACUGGCCCAAAAGGAGAAGCUGGUGUUAGGGGUUUACCUGGUGCCCCUGGUGCUGCAGGAUUAACAGGAACAAGAGGAGAAGGAGGACAGGCUGGAGAGAAAGGCCCCCAGGGGCCACAAGGUAUUCCAGGGCUUGCAGGACCAGGGGGCCCAAUUGGACCCCCUGGGCUUCCUGGACGAAAAGGCGAUGCAGGCUUACCAGGUAAACCUGGCUAUCCUGGUGAGGGAGCCCCAGGACCCACAGGUCUUGUUGGUCCACAAGGUAACCCCGGUCCCAGUGGUCCUCCUGGAUUUCCAGGGCAACCGGGACAACCUGGACCCCCUGGACCUCCUGGACAACCUGCUACAUUUCCUGACCUUGGACAGAUCCUUCCUAUGACUGGCCCAUACAGUGGCCAAAAACAAGGUUACAAGAACCCAAAUGGAGGUGAGAUUGGUGGAAAUGGCCCUGAGCUGCCUGCAUUCACAGCUAAACUCACAAAUCCAUUCCCCCCUGUGGGUUCCCCUGUCAUCUUUGACAAACUCUUGCACAAUGGCAAUCAGGACUACAGUCCUCAGAAUGGUGUUUUUACCUGUAGCAUACCAGGGAUCUACUACUUUUCUUACAACGUACACUGCAAAGGAAGUAAUGUGUGGGUGGCACUGAUGAAGAAUAAUGAGCCAGUUAUGUACACUUAUGAUGAGUAUAAAAAGGGAUUGCUAGAUCAGGCUUCAGGGAGUGCUGUACUCCCAUUAAGAAAAGGAGACACUGUGCAUAUACAGCUACCAUCGGAGCAGGCAGCAGGACUUUAUGCUGGUCAGUAUGUCCAUUCCACGUUUUCUGGAUACCUACUGUACAUUAUGUAAUAAAAUAUAAAAAAGGUGAGAAUAAUAGCACAGAUCUGACCAUAAUGUAAAUAAAACUACUUAAGUCACAAGGUACAAUGUAGGUCAAGUUAAACGGGUUACAUCAAGAAUUGGGAAGAUCUUCUUUAGUUCUUACUGUAGUUAUUAUUAUUAUUAUUAUUAUUAUUAUUAUUAUUAUUAUUAUUAUUAUUAUUAUUAUUAUUAUUAUUAUUAUUAUAACAACACUGUAUGUACCACAACUCUAUUUACUUACAAAUAAAUAUCAGAAAGGGAAGUUAUAAAACCAUGGCCAAAAUUUGUAUAUAAAUGUUAUGAUAAAUCACUUGGCUUUUAGCCAUUGCAUUGUCUUAAUUACACAUAUAUUAUUAUAUUCAUCUACAGAGAGUAUAUCAUGGCUUCUGAUAACUCCUCAUACAGUGCAGAUUUACAGUAUAUCUUCUUUUUAUUCACUUGACAGGACAGCAGUUUCUGUUCUACAAUUAUAAACCGCAUACUGGGCAUGUAAGAACCUAUCACUUUAUUUUUCUUAGUUAUAAAUUACAGUUGGGUUAUGUAUUAGGGUUCAUCAUGUAAUUAUUAAAUUAUUGUUAGACUUUUUUGUUUUUUGUAUUGUUGAGCUUUUUAAUAUGAAAAGAUAUUCAUAUGCAUUUUACCACACUUAUUCACUUAACAAUAACAUAACCAUUGGCUAUUUUAUUAAAUUUCACACCAGUCCACACAGUCCAAAACAGAACAGCAAAAAAAUAUACAUGUUUGUUUUGUCCACAGUAGUUUGAUUUUUCCCUUUGAUGUCCUUAGUUUUUUUGGGGGGUUUUGUAAUAAAUAUAAACUGAAAGGUAUGUGUGAGUUUGUCAGUAUUCUCUGUAAUUUAUUUGUCUGACUACUGAUUACUUGGAUUUGUCUUGUGUGUUGAACACUAAAUAGAGAAUUCAUUCCAAAAUGCAGGACACAUAAAAUAGCAGUACCCAUUCAUAUGACUGUGCCACUUUUUUUCUUUGUUUGUUUGGGUGUUUUUUGGUUUGGUUUUUUUUGUUUGUUUGUUUGUUUGUUUUUUCCAAACUGAGGAUAAGCCAUUUUGGUAUGACAUUCUUUAAAAGUACUUUUCCUAAUAUUCCUUUAUUUUCAGACAAAAACUGUGCUGUAAAUACGUGAAUUUUGAUCUUUGUUGUUUUUUCUUGGCAAUAUGAUGGUUUAAUAAAAAAGAAAAAUUAAAAAAUAAAUAAAAUUUCGUCUUGACCUAAUUUUUAAGAUGAUGUUUGUGCUUUGCAAAGCAAAAACAUUGUGCUUUAUAGAUUCCUACACCAAUAACAAUCAACAAGAAUGAAAAACAUGUAGCCAAGACCUUAAUCAACACAGCAAAAUUGAACUGGACCAUGUCUGGACUUGAUUCUUUGUGGUAUAGAUUCAACAAAGUGCUGGAAACAUUCCUCAGAGAUUUUGGACCAUAUUGACAUGACAGCAUCACACAAUUGCCGCAGAUAUGUGAACUGCACAUCCAAAAUGUUAAUCUCAAAAUGUUCUGCCACAUCUCGAAGAUGCUCUACUGGACUGAGAUCUGAUGACUACUGUGAACUUAUUAACAUGCUCAAGAAACCAGUUUAAAGAUGAUCUGAGCUUUGUGAAAUUGCACAUUAUUCUGCUGGAAGCCCCCAUCAGAAGAUAGGUCAUAAGGGGUCAUGUGGGAUGGACUGGACAUGGUCAACAAUAAUACUCAGGCAAGCUGUGACAUUUAAACAAUCCUCAGUUAGCACUGAGGGGUCCAAAUGUCACAGCAGAAAUCAGACCAGGCAAUUUUCUAUUGUCUAAUUUCCACUGAGAAGAGCGGCACCUGGUGAGGCCGUCUGCUGCCGCAGCCUAUCUGUAGGCCAACGUUUGGCAUCUUGUGCAUUCAAAGUGGUUGUCUGAGUUACUGUUGCCCUCCUAUUAGCUCAGUGCAGUCUGACCAUUCUCCUCUGACCUCCACAAUUUUUCAUUUGUGGAAAAAUCCCAGUAAAUCAUCAGUUUCUGAAAUGUUCAGCUUGUCUGGCACUGAAAUCACCUUUAUUCACUUUAUUCACUAGCAUUGAGCUUUAACAGGUCAUCUUGACUGUAUACAUGCCUAAAUGCAUUAAUUAUUUGUCUGAUUACAUGUUUCAGUAAAGAGCAAUAGAACAGGAGC